AAAAACUACAUUACCCAGAAACGCUUCCUAGUCAACAAACAGCACCGUGAGCUAGCAAGGAAAGAGCAGGUUUCUGGUGGAUUGUUUUGGAGACCUGUAUGGAUGUUGCCACAGUGCUGAAGAUGUUUGGAGUUGAUGCCAGUGGAUUUUCCAUCUCCCUUGGACUUUUCCUACUCUUCCUUGCUCUUUUGUACUGGUAUUCAAUCUACCCGUUCUCUGUGUUGCAGCAAUGUGGGAUCAGACACCCCAAACCAGCCCCUUUCUUUGGAAACCUGAUGCUGUUUCGACAUGGUUUCUUCGAUGCCCACAAAGACCUGAUCAACCAGUAUGGCAGAGUAUGUGGUUAUUAUCUAGGUAGACGGCCAGUGGUGGUGGUAGCUGACCCAGACAUGCUCAGACAGAUUAUGGUGAAGGAGUUUCAUAAGUUCCCCAACAGAAUGAAACUCAGGGUAGCUACUAAGCCCAUGACCGAUAGUGUACUCAUGCUGAGGAAUGAACAGUGGAAACGAGUGCGCAGCAUCCUCACUCCAUCCUUCAGUGCAGCCAAGAUGAAAGAGAUGGUUCCUCUAAUCAAUACGGCCACAGAAACAUUACUGAGUAACCUGCAGGCAUAUGCAGUGUCUGGAGAAAGCUUUGACAUUCACAGGUGUUUUGGCUGCUUCACUAUGGAUGUGAUUGCGAGCGUGGCAUUCGGCACGCAAGUGGACUCUCAGAAUGACCCUGAUGACCCAUUUGUCCGCCAUGCCUCCAAGUUCUUCUCUUUCACCUUUUUUAGACCCAUCAUGUUCGUGUUCAUGGCCUUCCCAGCUCUGAUCGGACCCCUCAGUGCCCUGAUACCCAAUAAAUCCCGCGAUGAGAUGAACAGCUUUUUCGUCAGCUGCAUUCGGAAGAUCAUAAAACAGAGAGAUGAGCUGCCACCCAAUCAGCGGCGACGAGACUUCCUGCAGCUGAUGUUGGAUGUGAGGAGCAGUAAGGAGUGCGUGUCUCUGGAACACUUUGAUGUGGUCAACUAUGCAGAUGAGCAGGCUGAUGCAUGGCCUCAGGCAACUGAAGAGGCAGCUAAUGGCCCUGGACAUCAUUCUGCAGAGUCUCUGAGGCACCCACAGCAAAAGAGGGUGAUGACAGAGGAUGAGAUUGUGGGCCAAGCCUUCAUCUUCCUUCUGGCCGGCUAUGAGACCAGCAGUAAUACUCUAGCGUUUGUCUGCUACCUGUUGGCCAUUCACCCUGACUGCCAGGAGAAAGUGCAGAGAGAGGUGGACGACUUCUACACCAGACACGGAUCAGCAGAUUACUCUAAUGUUCAGGAGCUGAAAUAUUUAGACAUGGUGGUGUGCGAAGCUCUGAGACUGUACCCACCCGGAUUCAGAUUUGCACGAGACGUGGAACAGGAUUGUGUGGUGAACGGACAGUUUCUGCCUAAAGGAGCUACUCUGGAUAUCCCAGCAGGCUUCCUGCACUACGAUGCACAGUAUUGGCCUGAGCCAGAAAAAUUCAUCCCGGAAAGGUUUACCCCUGAAGCCAAGGCCAGCCGUCACCCUUUUGUGUAUCUGCCAUUUGGAGCAGGGCCUCGCAGCUGUGUGGGCAUGAGGCUGGCCCAGCUGGAGAUUAAGAUGGCCCUGGUCAACAUCUUCAAGAGAUUUAAUGUGGUGGCCAGUGAAGACACUAAGGUUCCCCUUGAAUUAAAAUCCAGUAGCACCCUGGGACCAAAGAAUGGCAUCUUUGUUCAAAUUACCACAAGGGACAAUCUGGAUAAUGUAUCAUGGUAGACAGUGAUUCACAUGAGCCUAAUUUAAAAGAAGCUCUGUUUUGAAUAUCUAUGUAAUACCUGAUUAUAUUUAGGAUAAUAACAUUGUGAUUUGUAUUAAUUGCUACAUAUCAGCAUCAAAAUGAUGACAGUGCAAAAAUAUGUUUACCCUGCUAUGUUACAGCAGGGCUGAGGAAGGAAUAUUUCUAUAAGAAGAUCCACUUAAGAACCACCAUUUGACCCCUAGGACUGGAGGUGCUUUUUGAUUGCAGUGUAAAUGAUCAGAGAUAUCAGCAGUAUCCAAUCAAUGUGGGCAUUUUUGAGAACGCUGAGAAUGAAGCCAUCUCAGACCACUCUAGUAAAACAGCUGGAGUAGACCUUCAUGUUUAGUAUGAAUAGUAUGAAAUAUGUUACUAACCGUGUGUUCUAAGAAAAGGAUUUCACCUCGUCACUCUUGGAUUCCACUUUGUUAUGUGUUCUACAUAAUUUCUACAUCCAUGCUUAUGUGACUGUAGAAGUUUAUGGACAUGUUGCAGUGCUUUUUUAAAAAUAUUUUAAUAAUAAAAAUUAUUAUUACUAUUAUUUUUUACCAUGUUCCUGUCCACUUCAACCCGUGUUACACAAGUGGCCACUCAGGGCAGAAGUGGAGGAGGAGACUGAAAGAAUUGGAUCACUCUCUGAAGCCUCAGUGAGCUAAUCAGCUAGCCAUGCAAGCUUUGCAAUGCAAUGAGAACAUUUGUGUUUUUUUUUUUUAAUCUGGUUGUAAAGUUGGCAAAGAACCGAGGAGUAAUGCAUUUCUUUUUGUUCUUGUUAGCCAUGUAUACUUUAGCAUGCUAACUAACAAGCUAUCAGAGUAAAGUGAUGUUGUAUCAGCACUCAUGUAUAACAGAUGGAGUGGUUUCCAACUUAAAGAUGCACUAUGUAAGAAAGAAGUGAAAGAAGCAUUGAAAUAAAUCCAUUAAAAGAAGCACUGAAAGAAGUGAA